ACAUCUCGUGUGGUGUCGGGUGGAAGCGGCUCUCCUCCGCCUSACAGUUUAAAUCGCCGCGAUGACAAACUGGCUAGUUUUAGCCAACAAGCUAACGUCGCUCCGGACGGAGGAGAGAGAGAACCGGGCACGACCCGCUCGGUCCGCUCGCUCUUUGGACUUUGUUUUGGUUCGGGGCUCGGUGGAUCGGUGCGGAUUUGCCUCCCAGCAGCGUGUGGCCGUGACGGGGGGCGGACACGUGAUCCUUCGUGCUGGACUCCCUGGACUAGCCGAGGAGAUGAAGGCAGCAGAUGAGCCUGCCUACCUGACCGUGGGGACAGAGGUCAGUGCCAAAUACAGAGGAGCCUUCUGUGAAGCCAAAAUCAAGACUGUUAAACGUAUGGUGAAGGUCAAGGUGACUCUGAAAGGUGAGAACUCGUCUCAGGUGAUUCAGGACGAUCAGGUCAAAGGGCCUCUCAGGGUGGGUUCCUGUGUGGAGGUGAGGACCAACGAGGGCGUGUGCAGCGAGGCCGUCAUCAGUAAGCUGACAGACGCCAGCCUCUACACUGUGGUUUUUGACGACGGCGAUGAGAAGACCCUCCGUCGAACRUCUCUGUGUCUGAAGGGGGGCAGACACUUUGCGGUGGGCGAGACCCUGGACCAGCUGCCGCUCACCAACCCGGAGCACUUCGGCACCCCGGUGAUCGGUAAAAAGUCCAACCGAGGCGGGCGGCGCUCCUCCCAGGCUGUGGCCGACGAGGACAACGAGAGCUCCUCCAGUGAGGAGGAGGAGGAGGAGAGGAAGAGGCUGAGCGACGAGCUGCUGGGACAGAUCUGCAGCAUCGAGAACGUGGAGGAGUCCAUCAACUGGUUCAUGGCUCUGGUGGUGUCGUCCAGCUGCAGUGAUGAGCUGCUGGUGAAGAAGGAUCAGUGUCUGGUCAGGUCCUUCUACGACGGGAAGUUCUUCAUUGUUUCAAAGAGACACGCCCACCUGGUCACCUCCAUCAGCUUCAACAAGUCUGACUUCUUCAGCAGGAGAGGAGGAGGAGGAGGACCCCGAGGAGAGAGACAACUUCCUGCAGCAGCUCUAUAAGUUCAUGGAGGACAGAGGGACUCCCAUCAACAAGCCCCCCGUGCUGGGCUACAAAAACCUGAAUCUCUUCAAACUUUUCCGGCUGGUCUAUCACCUGGGAGGCUGUGACAAGAUCGAGUCUGGCACCGUGUGGAAACAGGUCUACAUGGAUCURGGGAUCCCUAUACUGAACUCUGCUGCGUCCUACAACGUGAAGACGGCCUAUAAGAAGUACCUGUACGGCUUUGAGGAGUACUGCCGCGGCGCCUCCAUCACCUUCAGAACCGUCCACCACACCAACAUGGUCCUGAGCAACCAUAAGAAGACCCGGGCCGAGCUCAGAGAGUCCGGGCCGCCCCAGCUGAAGGUGGAACCUGUGGAGGAGAAGAAGGAGGGGGAGGAGGAAGAGGAGGAGGAGGAGGAGGACUCAGAGAGCGAGAGCGACAAGGAGAUGAAGGAGAGACACCAGUCGUCUCCUCGGGGGAGGAGGAGGUGCGUGGGGAGUCGUCUCAAAAUGUCCCCUCGACCCAACAACCCCGGACGAGGAGGAGGAGGAGCAGAGAACAGCGAGGAGCAGCAGCGGGAGGUGAGGAGACGCAGCAACAGGAGGAUGGACGAUUCAGAAAAGGGAUCGGAUGAGGAGGAAGAGGAGGAGGAGGAGGACAGAACAGCGAGGAGCAGCAGCGGGAGGUGGUCCAGGUACCUGUACGGCUUUGAGGAGUACUGCCGCGGCGCCUCCAUCACCUUCAGAACCGUCCACCACACCAACAUGGUCCUGAGCAACCAUAAGAAGACCCGGGCCGAGCUCAGAGAGUCCGGGCCGCCCCAGCUGAAGGUGGAACCUGUGGAGGAGAAGAAGGAGGGGGAGGAGGAAGAGGAGGAGGAGGAGGAGGACUCAGAGAGCGAGAGCGACAAGGAGAUGAAGGAGAGACACCAGUCGUCUCCUCGGGGGAGGAGGAGGUGCGUGGGGAGUCGUCUCAAAAUGUCCCCUCGACCCAACAACCCCGGACGAGGAGGAGGAGGAGCAGAGAACAGCGAGGAGCAGCAGCGGGAGGUGAGGAGACGCAGCAACAGGAGGAUGGACGAUUCAGAAAAGGGAUCGGAUGAGGAGGAAGAGGAGGAGGAGGAGGACGAGGACGAGGAAGAAGAGGACGAGGGGGACGAGGAGACCCGGAGAGCCAGGAGCGAGGACGGCGAGGAGGGGGACUCUGUGACGGGGACCAAGGUCAGGGUGAAGUACGGCCGAGGGAAGACCCAGAAGAUCUACGAAGCUCACAUCAAGAAGACGGACGUGGACAACGGAGAACAGUUCUACCUGGUCCAUUACUACGGCUGGAACGUCAGGUACGAUGAGUGGGUGAAGGCCGACCGCAUCAUUUGGCCCUCAGAGAAAGGGACGAAGACGAGGGGGAGGAGGAAGAUGAAGAACAGGGACGACCCAGACGAAGACAAACCGACUCCGGUGGGGACAGUUAAACCACCGGGACUGAAGCGUGGUCGUCCUCAGAUCAGAACCACACCCACCGGACUGGCUGGACCCGCUGGACGCAGCGUCCUCAGAACCACCAGCUGUGAGAGACAGUCUAAUGGGAAAAACAAGAUGGAGUCCAACAUGGCCAACGGAGAYGACACGCCCCGCAGGAGAACCAGGAGGACCUCUGGAAUGUACGAAUCAGAUCGGGUGUCCAACGAGGAUUCUGGGAACUCGUCAGACAACAGCGAAUCAGACGACGAAACGGAGAAGAUGGACAAGCUGUCACCCUGGCAUGAGAUGUCCGAAGCUCCGCCUAGUCAUCCUGAGGAGGAGGAGCCAGAGGAGGAGGAGACAAUGAAGGAGGAGCCUGAAGUCACGGUUACCAUAGCAGCAGCUGCUGGCGUCUCUGAAUGUCCCAGCAUGCUUCAGGAGAGCGCCGAGGCAGUACUGAGCCAAUCAGAAGAGCAGGGGGCGGAGCCRCACCUGGACAGAGUCACGUCUGUCCCAGACAGGAACAAGAUGUCACCUGGACAGGAAGUCGUCAGCCAGACGUCCCCCAACAGGACGCCCCCCCAGCUUCAAGUGUCCUCGUCCCCCAGCACCGCAGAGGACCACCCUCCUCCUCUGUCCUCCCCCAGGGUCAAAGGUCGCCGAGCCAUCCUGAGGGAGGCGGGCUCCGAAACUCCGCCCACAAUCCCCCUCUGCAGCACCAGCCCCGCCCCCAGCCCCCCCCAGUCAGCCGUGCUGUCGUCAUCAGGACAGCCCAUGGUGGUCCUCCAGUUCCUCUCCUCCCAGCACCUCCCACCCAAGUCUCCCUCUGCCAACUCUGACACUGACUCCGCCUCCGAGGAGGAGGAGCCGCCGAGCCCUCAGAAGAAGCUGUGUCCUGACAGGAGACAGGAAGACGGCCCCUCCCCCUCCAAACCUCCCCCCUCCUCCCCGCUGCGGCCCGACAGGAGGAGCAACGGGAGCCAGAGGACUGAGGAGGAGGCCCCCCAUCCUGAGGAGGCGCAGAACAAGCCGACACAGGAGCUCCUGGUGUGCGGAGCUAACGAGCAAGCAGAGGUGCGUGCUGGGACUCCUCCCCYGGCUGCAGAAGACCCCGCCCCCUGCGAGGAGGCGGAGCCACAGAUGGGCCCCGAGGCCCUGGUUUGUCACGAGGUGGACCUGGACGACCCGGACGAGAAGGAGAAGCCCGCCUCCUCAGCAGAACACCUCCUCCUGAUGGUGAGGGAGGAGCAGCAGGUUCUGCCCCCCCUCCCCCUGGUGGUCCACUCCUCCCUCCCCCCCCAGAUCCAGGCCAGGCCCUUCCUGAUAGCUGCCAACCCCGCCCCCUGCUCGGAGGAGCUGGGCCUGGUCCCCGCGGGGGAGCAGAGGGGAGACUCCAGUCCUGGGUUUGAGGGCAGCACCUCCUCGUCCUCCACCUGCCUGCUGUCUCUGCAGGACAGCAAAGACCGAGGUCAGAAGAGACUGAACGACUGCGACUCCAGCCCGUCGGCCAAGAAACACAAACGCAACCAAAAACGCACCCACACCCCCGCCAAGGUGGACAAGAACGGAGCAGGACACAGCAGUGACAGCGAGGACCAGUCUCGUCUCUCCUCGGUGUCCAAGUCUCAGAAGUCCCGAUGUCUCGGCCUGUCGUCCCCGUCGUCUCACAGCAAGGACAAACACAACUCCCCGUCCCCUCAGCGCUCCUACAAGUGGACACUGCAGCUCGACGAGUUGGACAGCAUGUCGAGCACAGAGAGGAUCUCCUUCCUGCAGGAGAAGCUGCAGGAGAUCAGGAAGUACUACCUGAGCCUGAAGUCUGAGGUGGCCUCCAUCGACAGACGGAGGAAGAGACUAAAGAAGAAGGAGAGAGAAGUGUCCAACACGACGGUGUCCACCUCCUCGGGGUCCUCAGACACGGGCAUGAGUCCGACCUCGGCCUCUCCCACUCAGAACACUGUGGCCGUGGAGUGCAGGUGAUGAUACGCCCACGAGGCUCCUCCCACAGCCCCCCGCCCCUUCACCACAGACUCCGCCCACUACGCAGGCCCCGAGCAAGCGAAAGGGACACGCUAACGGCUCCCAGUUGGGACUGAUGGGAACUGGCCACUCCUCCGCGUGUGGCAGCACAAAGAGGCCCCGCCCCCUCACCUGAGAACUCACUGUUCGAGUAGGCUGACGAGAGCAGGCUUUGUUUGAGCGGAUCCAGAACUUYUUCUUCCUCCUUCCUUCCAGGGCUYCGCCUCCUCAUUUCACGAUAAUUUACUGUGCGUUGAAGGCGGAGUCAGGAGGGGUCAAAGGUCAACGAACCCUGAACCAUCCCUCCACUCUUUAAUUUAUUGUUCACUUCUUUAUAAACCAACAUCCAGCUUCUUUUGUUCCUUUAACAGAAUCAGAGCUUUUAUUUUGAAAAGACGGGAGGUAAAAGUUGAGUUUUUGUACAUUUCGUUUUAUAAAGGAAAUUACAGGUCGUUCAGCGUUUUGGCUUUAAUACAAGUUUAAUUUAUUAUUGGAGGUUAAAAAGAAAAAUUAAAUUCUUACAUUCACCAGCAACUUUCAGAUUUUAUUUAAAAUUUGAAUUUUGUGCAAAGAAAAACAUUUAAAUUGUUCUGAACUGACUAAAAUCUGAAGUGAGUUCUGUUUAAAUGUUUGAGCAGUAAAAUCAGACAGAUUUUCGUUAUCAGUGAAACUAAACGUGACGUUAGAAGAAUUAGGAUGUAAAGCCCCYGCUGACUGGAUGUGACUUGGUUCUGCCCACAGAUGCACUUCUGAACUUUGUGUUUUCAGGGACGUUGUUCUGGACCUCGGUUCUGUUUCCUGCGUUCGGUUCAACAUGUUGGUUUUGUACAGAGAAUAAAAAUCCACACCUGUAUUUGAAUUUUA